CACUUCGGACGGGGCUCUCCGUGACCCCGCGCUUCCUUGUGCUUCGUUGUGAUUGCAAUUGAAGCGUUUGGGUUCGAUACUAAUAACUAAUACCCAAGCCCGAAACCAAAACAGGGCCCUGGAUCAUAUUAUCGGAACGAGGUCUGUGGUUUAAUCACGUCUGUUCUGCAGAUCACACUAACGCAGGUGCCCCCUCCCGCUCCACCACCCCCCGUUCGGCGCUCACAGGCACGACCGAGCACUCACAGCCCGCUCCGGCUGCUGCUGCCUGCAGAGCGCGGACGGUUUUUGAAGCAAACGGGCAGCGGAAUGGGAACGGGGGGCGGGGGAUGAGCAGGCAAAUAACGGGGCCAUGUGCUCGCCGGGAGCCCUCCGGCAGCGGGAACUGCGACUUUCCCAGUCUCAAGGCUGCUAAAAGCCCCCGCGUGUCCCUUUGAUCUCUCCUGGGAGUCCCGGAGUGCCGGCAGAGGCCAAUGCCUUCCUCAGCUGUCCCCACCCGACCCCCCCCGGCAGGUAGCGAUGUGUUUACUUAGGUGCACGGGGACCAAACGCGUCUUUCUCGGUGCGGCAUCGCACGGACACAACUCUGCCCCAACGGGCCGAUCCCGCAGCCCAAACCCGCAUACCCCGCUGUUUCCGUCAGAAGCAUUUUGUUGCAAAGGGCUGGAAGCCCCCUCCCCUGUAGCCGUGUGUGUGUCUGCGUCCCCCUCCCGUUUAGUUCCAGUCGCCUGCCGCACUUGUGGAAAUUUGUUGUGAGAUCACUUUACCAGAGGAGCUGGGCGCUCCCGAGGGACACCAGAACAUGCUUUGUGUUGCACAGCUUCCCCUCUCCCCAACCCCCGAUAGCCCAGCACGGUGGGCGAUGCUUUCCCAGCCUCUCACGGACCGCGGUGCUCUCAGCCCCGGCCCCGCCGCCCCGCACGCACAGCGCCGGCCCGAUAAGGAGCGAGUGUGUUUGUACACAAAGCUGUACACGGCUCUCCUUCAGCCGGAGCGAACGUCGUACAUCAAAUGGGGGGGGGGGGGGGUGAGCUACAUCCCAGUGACGGGUUCACGUUACCGCGGAGCUCAGCCUUCCCGGCCGGCGGUUUAGGGCACGGCCGAGCUGCCCAUGGCACAGGAUCGACGUGCCCAGCCUUGCCUCUCUGUAACUUCAGUCGUGAUAGCAACAUUCUGCUUUCCCUGCUGGAUUCCUUUCAGAGGGGGUUAUCCCCACUUAUGGACUCAAAUAAGCCACUGCAGUGAAGACACAGCCCUCCCAAAGCCCCCAGAUCUUUCUCAUAUUGAAGGCUGCAUACACGUUUGCACUUUCCUUUAGAAGUUUCAGCCUAAGAAUAGAAAAUUUGUCCCAUUUUUUUGUUUGUUUGUUUGUUUUCCUUUUUUUCUUCUUCUUUUUUUCCCUUGGCAGUAGAGGGAUGAGAGUACAGGGCAGGGGUCCACAAGGGUCAGGGGUAGAUCCUAACCCCAGACCCUGCUCACUGCCCAGGCAGGUGCAGAAGCUUUGGGUGGGCGCAGUGUCUGAGACUGUGUCCCUCUCAAGGCUCCUGCAGACAGCAGGGUGGCAAUGCCCCUUCCUUCCCCUUCCCGCAGCCAUUCCGCAGCCCCGUGGCCCUCUACUCCAUCCAAAUCACCGCAGGCUCCUUUCCCUCUUUCUGCGGUAGCCUAAUCACAUAAUUCUAUUCCCAGGUAGGGAAAGUUGCCUUUACAGUCUCCUAAUGUUUUCCCCAACCGCCAAAGCCACCUGGCUGAAACCAAAGGGUUCCCGCACAUUAGCAGCUGCCUGUUAAAUGGCUUCAUUACCGCUCUAAUGACCCCUGCGCAGCUCUGCUCGCUACUGCAGCGGCUGGGCCUCCGCGGGGCUUUGUCCCUGCCCUGUGUAAAGUUACCGAGAGGUUUGGGGUUAGAAAUUUUACACUUCCAGGAGGGGUUUGUUAUGCCGGCAGCUGGGACGCAUCUGUAACGGUGCGAGUUGGCCUGAAAGCAGAAAAUCAGCGGGCCCGGGGCACUGUGCGGCUGUUGUGUCUCCAGCAGCAUCAGGUCGCACACGGAGGAGAAGCAAUGGGAAGGGGUUUGUCUGGCAGCAAACGCUCUUUGUGAGCGCUUCUCCGUCUGACCCAACCCAAGAGCACUAACAUCUGUUUGCUCGCUCCUCGUUACACUUAUCUGUCCUUGUUCUCCUCUCUUGUGGGAACGUAGCUUUAAUUACAGCACAAAGUGCCUUCUGAGAUCAGUGGGUGAAUGUGAGUGCUGAAAGAGGAGUAAAUCAUGUCGAGUUGGAUCUGGGGUGUGGGAUCAGGGGUAGGAGAGCAGGCACUGUGGGUGUGGGGGGAUUCAUUCCCCUUGGUGAUGGCAAGGUGAUGCAGGGGCUGACGUGGGGAAUGUCCAUGGCCCAUGCACUCACUGCCCAUCUUUUUCUUUCCCUCUCCAAGCUCCCCAGAUUGGUGUAGGCUUUAGAGACCGCUUGCCAGCUUGUCUGCUGCCCGAAGGCGGGUGAAGAGCAAAUCAGCCCCCUGGGGGCCAGAGGGGGCCUGCCCAGCCCUGCAGGGGCUGCGGGGGAUAUGCUAAUGGAGUCGGGCCACUGCGGGCCAGCCUCCUACGAUGCGCAUAUAUAAUAGGGCCCCGCAUCAGCCGGAGGCCACUUUGUCUCGGGUCGCUAAUUGCAGAGGGAAUCGCUGCAUUGAGCUGCGAGCUGCCAGCCCACACUUCUGCCUAGGACGAAGAGAUGGAGGUGAUGGACAGCUGCCAGUUCUCCCCAUCCGAGCUCUUCUAUGACAGCUCCUGCCUGUCAUCCCCUGAGGGUGAGUUCCCCGAGGAUUUUGAGCCCAGGGAGCUGCCUCCCUUCGGAGCCCCUGCACCCACUGAGCCUGCCUGCCCUGAGGAAGAGGAGCACAUCCGGGCCCCCAGUGGGCACCACCAGGCCGGCCACUGCCUCAUGUGGGCUUGCAAAGCCUGCAAGAGGAAAUCUACCACCAUGGACCGGAGGAAGGCGGCCACUAUGAGGGAGAGGAGGAGGCUGAAGAAAGUGAACCAAGCGUUCGAGACUUUGAAGAGAUGCACCACGGCCAACCCCAACCAGAGACUCCCCAAAGUGGAGAUCCUGAGGAACGCCAUCAGGUACAUCGAGAGCCUCCAGGAGCUCUUGAGGGAACAGGUGGAGAACUACUAUCACCUGCCGGGACAGAGCUGCUCCGAGCCCACCAGCCCCAGCUCCAGCUGCUCCGACGCGAUGGCGGACUGCGGCAGCCCGGUCUGGCCGGCGAGAGGCAGCAGCUUCGAGGCGGGCUACUGCCCCGAGAUGCCCCACGGCUACGCGACGGAGCAGAGCGGCGCGCUGUCCAGCCUGGACUGCCUCUCCAGCAUCGUGGACCGCCUCUCUCCGGCGGAGGAGCCGGGGCUGCCCCUCCGCCACGCCGGUUCCCUCUCGCCGGGCGCCAGCAUCGACUCGGGGCCCGGGACGCCCGGCUCGCCGCCGCCCCGACGGACCUACCAGGCGCUAUGAGAGGCCGGAGCCACCGCCCGUUCUGGGGCUGACCCCGGCUGCCUCUCGACCCGCCGCCCCUGAAAACCUCUGGGGCGGGAGGAGCGGCACCGGCCCCGCUGCACUCGGGGCUGGGAGCGAUGCCGCCGCCCGGAGCAGCCCCCGUGGCUCGGGACUCGUGUGCUGCCCUGGAAACCCCGCUGCAAAUAAAGCGUGCUACCACACCGCCCGCUCGACUGGUGCUUCUUUAACCGCAUCCCCGGGUGCUCGCGGGGGCCCGGCUGCAGCGCCCGGCCUG